GACAGAAAAGAAAUCUAUGGGUUCGAUGUCAUUUUGCCUUGUUUGUUGUGGGCCAGUUUGCCCUUUUUGAAAUAAAAAAUGGAAAAUGUUUUAGUACUCAUUUUUAGAUUCAAUCAAGAAAUAAUUUCUAUAAAUGAAGCAGUUGAAGAAGAUAAUCCUAAUCAUGUUUUCAAAUCAUGUAAUUAGUAAGUGCGCGACUUCAGAUUGAUUUCAUUUUUGCAAUUCAUUUAUUUUUGAACGGAUAAUCAAAAUACAAAAGGUUUCUAUUUGUUACUCAGCAUCAGCCCCCUGUUGAACAACGUCUGUGAGAAAUUUUUCUAUUUUCGGAGUAUCCUUCUGUUUAGAUAAAACAGCUAAAUAUUCGAGCUCAUCUUCACUGUCAGCAAAUGAAGAUAACAAAUUCAUAACAGCAAAAAUAUCUUCACUGUUCAUGACGACAAAAGUUGUAAAACAGAAUCUACUAAACAAUAUCCUGAAAAUGUUUUUCAAAUUUUCAACACAAUUUGAAUUUUAAAAUUUUACCAUUAAUUGUGUCAGUGCUCUCUGGUUUUAAUCUAACCGAAUUGCACCAAUACUGGCACGAGUUCUCAGACCUCGUGUCGAAAAAUGCGCACUGAGUGCAUAUAGUGCGGAAUCAGUUUUCCAAAAGAACAUGACCUUUCACUCGGAACACAUAAAAACUGCACCAAUGCAGCUCUAGUUUUACCAAUAGAAAACGCUAUAAGAUUAUAUUUUACAUACAGAAUAUCCUUAUGUGUUCCACAUUUCGAGUAAAUGAACGAGAACUGAAAAAUGGGUAAUUUUCACGUCCAAUUCUAAACAAUGGCAAAAAUAGGUGAUGAAUGUUUUUUGGUAAUUAUUAAAUUUCACGAAAAAAACAUAUAGCUAUCAUAAGCCUGAUAAGAGACGAAAUGAUAAUGUACACGGGUUUCAGAUUGAAAAAAAUAAUGGUUCAUGGUGAAAAGUGAGUUAACUGAACAUUAAAAUCACCCGUGGAGUGGGCUAUAAAAAAAAGCGUAAUAAAUGAAUCAGGAGUCUAUCAGAUUUAAGUUCCUCUGAAAUGAUUAUUAAACUUACAUUGCUUUAUUGCCUUCUUAUUGGCUUUUCAUAUGCAGAAUUAUCCACAUUGAGAAGCGUCGUAGACGAGUUGUUGCAUAAAACCAAAAAUUUAACGACACAAUUCAAAACCAACACUGGUAACGCAAUAAAAAAAUUUGUCAAUGGAACGAAAGACGUAUUGGAUAAGGUGAAUGAAGGCGCCUUCAAUGUAAGCAAAGGAAUAAUUUCUGGUUUGACGGAAGUGAUUGGCACCCCCGUCACUCUCAAAGAUUUGACUUUCAACCUAGUCACCAGUGAAAAUGUAGACAAUGCCAUAGAAAUCGAUUUCUAUAAUCCCGGGGAUAUAUGGCAGAACGAAAGCAACAUUUAUUUCCUGAUACAUGGAUGGCAAGCAAGUAAGGACACUGAAUGGAUUCAGAAUGCAUCUAAGAUCUUUCUCAGCAAGCAGCCUGAUGCUCAAGUUGUCCAAGUCGAUUGGAAGAAACCUGCGAAGGAUCUUUAUUCCUUGUCGGCUUUUGAAACUGAGAGUGCUGGAGAACUUAUUGGUGCUUUCAUCGACCUUUUAAUCACCAAUUAUCACGUUCCGAUGAAGAACAUUGUCAUAAUUGGGCAUUCCCUAGGGGGACACAUAGCAGGAUGGGCUGGAAAAAAAUUCCAGGAAAUGAACGGAGUCAAAUUACCAAGAAUUAUUGCUCUGGAUCCUGCGGGACCUCUUUUUCAUUUGAGGCCAGAUUCGAUGAAACUGAAUAAGGAUGACGCCGUGGUUGUGAUGGUUAUACACACUGAUGGAGACAAAUUAGGUUAUAAAUCAGCUUGUGGAACUAUAGAUUUCUUUCCGAAUGGGGGACGGGACCAGCCUGGAUGUUGGGAUAUAGACUUGGGAAAUCUGUCGACCUACACAGGUCCAGUGACCUGCGAUCAUUCUCGAGCAUGGCAGUUCUUCAACGAAGCUAUAGAUGUACCAGAUUCAUUUCUUUCUUGGCAAUGUGAAAGUUACAAGGAUUUCAGAGACGGUAAAUGUCAAAACAAUUUGAUAGUUCCAAUGAGUGAUAUAGAAACUGAAGAGCAGGGCGAAUUUUAUUUGAUUACGAAUUAUGAUCCUCCAUAUUCUAUACCUCUGAAUAAUUAUGAAACUCCAAACAAGAAGAGAAGAAGAAGAACAAUUUGAUCUCCAUCACUAUAAUAGUUACAUUUCUAUGUGAAGUGUAAAUAUGGAAAAUAAUUCUUUGUCAUAGAUUUUAUGUUUAUAUUAUUUUUUUGGAGCUUCAUGAAUAAAGAAAGAGAACAUCCUGAUGUUAUUUUAAUAUCCUGUCAACAUCAU